CUAGAAAAACAGAAUCAAAAUCGAAUCAAAAUUUUAGUAAAUUACCAUUUCCCACACGAUAAGAAAUACAUCAUAAGAUAAUUCAGAUAAAAAUAAAAUGCGAUCACUACCAUUUCUACUCCGCACACUCUCUCGCCACUAUCUGCACAGUCAAACUCCCUCUCCUCCUCAUCUCACCUUCCUCCACCGUUCCAUGGCCACAUCCGCCACUGCCGAGCCCAUCAGUCCAUCCAACACCCGAUUGGGUUGGAUCGGGACUGGCGUAAUGGGUCGAUCCAUGUGCGCUCAUCUAAUCAACGCCGGAUACACUCUCACCGUCUUCAACCGCACCCUCUCCAAGGCCCAACCCCUCGUCGAUAUGGGCGCGCGCCUAGCCCAAACCCCACAUGACCUCGCUGCCCAAUCCGACGUUGUUUUCUCCAUCGUCGGCUACCCUACUGACGUCCGCCAAGUGCUCCUCGAUCCCACCAACGGAGCUCUCUCUGGCCUCAGCCCCGGCGGCGUACUCGUUGACAUGACGACAUCGGAACCUUCCCUCGCCGUCGAAAUAUCGGCCGCUGCCUCCUCCAAGAAUUGCUCCUCAAUCGACGCCCCCGUUUCCGGCGGCGACCGAGGCGCCAAGAACGGGACCCUCGCGAUAUUCGCGGGUGGAGACGAAGCCAUCGUCCGCCGCUUAAAUCCCCUUUUUACGCUCAUGGGAAAGGUUAAUUACAUGGGGCCCAGCGGGAAAGGCCAAUUCGCUAAAUUAGCGAAUCAAAUCACGAUAGCAUCGACGAUGGUCGGAUUAGUAGAAGGAAUCGUUUACGCCCACAAAGCCGGACUCAAUGUGGCGUCGUUUUUGGAUGCGAUAUCGACGGGGGCAGCUGGCUCAAAAUCGUUGGAUUUGUAUGGGAGCAGGAUUUUGAAGAGGGAUUUCGAACCGGGUUUUUUCGUGAACCAUUUUGUUAAGGAUUUGGGAAUUUGUUUAAAGGAGUGUCAAAACAUGGGACUUGCUUUGCCUGGUUUGGCUUUGGCUCAACAGCUUUAUUUGUCGCUGAAGGCUCACGGGGAAGGGAAUUUGGGAACCCAAGCUCUGAUUUUGGCUUUGGAGAGGCUCAACAACGUGACCCUUGAUUCUUAAACCUGGUGAAAUUCCAGAAAGCAUUGGACGAAUCUCAACACUAACAGACGUUAGACUGUUCAGCAACAAUCUAUCGGGCACUCUGCCUCCAGAUUUUGGUCGAUAUUCAAUGCUCGAGUAUUU